AUGUCUUCGAUCAAUUUAUUUAAUACACCACAAGGACCUCGUCCAUUAGUUGAAUUUAGAGCCGGAAAGUUGACCAAGGAGGGUUCUGUUGUUAAAGCCGAUAAUAGAAAAGGUAAAAUUGUUCUAGUUGCUGGAAGUGACGAAGAUCCACUUGUACAUUUCCAAUGGAGAGAUAGAAGUGAUAAAGUUAUUGAGGAUUUCAUUCUCUUCCCAGGAGAUGUUACAUUCAGUAAAGUUGAUAAAGUUAAGGAUGGCAGAGUGUAUUUGUUAAAGUUUACUAAUGGAAGAGAAGCAUUCUAUUGGAUGCAAGAACCAAGCGCUGACAAGGAUGCAGAAUAUGAAAAGAAGAUUAAUGAAUAUAUUAAUGAACCACCUCUUGGUGACGAUAUGGCUGAUGAAGAUUUGCUUCCAACUUCUAGCUCACAAUCUGCUACUGCUCCAACUUCAAAUACAUCAUCUCAAUCUGCUGUCCAACUUGAUCAAUUGACUAGAAUCAUUCAAGGUAUUAAUCCAACAGGUGCUCAACCACAAUCUUCAAGUCAAUCAUCAAGCCAAGGUGGUAGUUCUCAAAAUGAAUCAGCCUCCUUACAAGAAAUUAUGAAAAGUUUACAAAGAGGUCAAAAACAAUCUAUUGGAUUGGAUCAAAUUCUCACAUCUGAAUCUCUCUCCGAAAUUUUAAAGAGAAAUACAUCAAUUAAUAAUAGAGAUGAAUUAUUCUCAAAUUUACCUGAAGGUGAUAAUGAAAAAUCAACUCAAAACUUAUUAAGUCAUAUCAGAAGUCCACAAUUCCGUCAAACUUUGGAUGUUUUUGGAACUGCUUUAGCAACAGGUCAAUUAGGAGGAUUGAUGAGAGAAUUUGGUCUUGAUCCAUCAGUUGUAGAUCCAAUGAGAGGAGGAGGUCUUUUAAAAUUCUUGGAUGCUUUAGCCAAAAAAGAAGAAGAAAAGAAACCAGAAGAUAAGAUGGAAGAUGAUAAGAAGGAAUAA